ACCGAGCCGCGUGGUGUCUAGUGCAACAUCAACAACGUAUACAAGUCGUAACACAUCUUUUUGCUUCAUCUGUAUACCUCAUAACUGCUUACUGCUAUAUAGUUGUUCAGAACAUUUCAGGAAUAUCUUUUCACUGAUAUUUUUUAUGAGCUGUUUAUGUUUUGUGAAGAAGUACUACCUCUGGCGUAACAAGAAUACAUCCAGAUCUACCGACAACCAUAUUCAACAUGGAAUCGACCAGUGUUACUACCAAACCACAGAUGUCAUCCCGGGCUAACGCGUUCUCGAUUGAAGCCCUUAUUUCAAACUCAAACACUAAUCCAAGCGAAAACCAGCAACAAGACAACGACAAAACAAGCAAUGCAAUAAUUGUACCCACUAUUAACACCAACAACAGCAGCAAUAACAACAACAACGGAAACAUCAGGAAUUGUAGCCCAGGCGUGGACCACUCUCUCCGACCUCUUGAGGAUUUUGUGGAAAAGUCAAGUUGCGUCCAGCCAAGAAAUGGCGAAGUCAGUGGCACUAAAUCACCGACGAGUUCGUCGUCUUUGCAGCUAGGCGGGGUAGCAGCCCUGGGCACAAAUGUCACAGCUCCUGUAAUUCACCAGGGAGAGUUAAGUGAAGAAAUGUCGAAAAUUACGUGUAAGUUAGAGACGAAAGAAUUGUGGGGAAAAUUUCACGAAUUGGGGACGGAAAUGAUCAUUACAAAAUCAGGAAGACGGAUGUUUCCUACCCAGAGAGUUUCGUUCAGUCACGUGAAUCCAGAGUCCCGCUACGUGGUGCUCAUUGAUAUCGUACCCGUUGAUAACAAACGGUAUCGCUACGCCUACCAUCGGUCAUCGUGGCUGGUGGCCGGUAAAGCCGAUCCUCCGUUACCAGCACGGCUUUACGUUCACCCAGAUUCACCAUUCACCGGAGAACAGCUACACAAACAAAUGGUGUCGUUUGAAAAACUAAAACUUACCAACAAUGAAUUGGACCAAAGUGGACAUAUUAUUUUAAAUUCAAUGCACAGAUAUCAACCCCGGGUGCAUAUCAUCAAGAAGCGAGACAAUUCUUCGCCGAUUGUUAGCUUGCAGAAUGAAGAAUGUCGUACCUUUAUUUUUCCAGAGACGAUGUUUACAGCGGUCACUGCCUAUCAGAACCAGUUGAUUACACGGUUGAAGAUCGACAGUAACCCGUUCGCUAAGGGAUUCAGGGACUCGUCUAGGUUAACUGAUUUAGAAAGUUUCUUUCCUAUGGACAGUAUGGAAAACCUUAUCCAUGAACACACAUAUGCCCGUUCUCCCAUACGAGCCUAUGAAGAACAAGAAUACGAAUCAUGUCAAGGAUUCGAUUCGUCGAAAAACGAAACAGGUGGUCAUUCCAUGUCACAGGGCACAAUAAGAGUACCAGUACCAUCACGGUUAGCAUUGUCUCCUAUAUCGGGACUUUCGAUGUUUCAGCCGCUAGUUUCUUCAUCCGGGUACCCUGUGAUGACGUCAACUACAAGCAGUACAGCGCUGACAACACCUAUACCACAUCCAUCAAUUGGGCCAUUACGUUAUAAUCGGUUGAUUCCGUCGCAUGCAUACCAGUCGCUACAGUUGCAACGAUAUCAUCGCUACUUCUCACAGGGGCCUUACGCUUCGCUACAAGCACUCAGGCCGUCUUCGGUUAUGACACCCUUUGUUUAAAUUAAAAUGAACUUAUUGAUAUGUUGAUGUCUUGCCGGACAUGGAAGUCUGGCUGUUUUGUUGUCGGACAAUUAUGACGUGUACAUACGGGCCUUUAGAAUGAAUUAAAUGAACGAACGAACGCGUUGUUUACGUAUUUGUACUACCUGCCCAUGCUUUGUGUAAUGAGGGUUGAUGUUCACGCACCCGUUAUUUCUUGGUCGAAUAGAUUAUUGGAUUUAUUACCUUUAUUUUAUUGUGAAAAUACACGUUUGGACAUAUUUUUGACGUCGAUUCGUACAAAAUGGUCUGCUUUAGGGGUAACGAGUGCGGGGUAUCAGUGAACUGUCAUAUAGUUAAUCCACUGCGUGUAUUGUUAAUGGCGUCUCAAAUGCGUUGUAUGGUAAAUCCUUACACGGCCACUUUGUAUAAUUGAAAUACUUAACAUUGAACACUUUUGCUAAUUAUUCAGUUUGUAUUUUUAACACCCAUGAUGAGAUUGUCUCACGUGAACAUAGUGUGUGACUAGUACGUCAGCUUGUUGUGAAUUGUCAUCUCCCACUGAAGUAAUAAUCACCUUUCUCCACUGAACAAUGUUUAAUACUAGUACUUGAUUUCUGAUUGGACAACAUCUUAUUACGUCAUUAAACUGUAGAAGGACCUGAAUUUCCACAAUGAUUUUUUUAAACAAUAUAUUUUACAUACCGGGUUGUAUAUGUAGCAUGGGGACAAUAUCGACCAUGACGUUGCAUAAUGACUGUCGCUUGUUUUAUUAUUUUAUUUACUGGUAACAUUUGUUAAAAUAUAAGCCCGAUCCAGUUAUAGUUGCAGUGAGAGUCAUUUGCGAUAAAUGUUAUUCAACCCAGUUAUGCAUAUUUGCUAAAGUAAUUGUUCUUGUCUAGGGUUUUAAAAAUGAUUAUCCUUGAGGUAUUUAAUAACUGUUUGAUUUACAGCAUACCGCAUCGUCUUCAUAUAAAUGAUUGCAAACUGGGCAAUUUUAACGACUACUCUUAAAAACAGCUGACAACUCCAUGUCUCGCGACACAAUAUUAAUUAACAAUCACCAAUGUAAUUAAUUUAUCAAUUACUUUACUUCCAUGGAAACCCUCGUUGUCGAUGUAUUCCAUCAGUUUAUAAGCCCGACACGACGUCAACUCAUAACUUGACCUUGCUUCGUCGUAUUACAAUGAUAUUUUUAUGUAUUUAUUCAGGAGUUGUUGGGUUGAGUUACCCUUCAUACUGUGUACUGCCCACUUUGUAAAUUAAUACUUACUAUUUAUUGUGAAUAAAGAGAUUACCACGCAUCA